AUGCCCGAGGGAAUGGAGAGGCUGCUGGCCGUCGUGGAGGCGGAGGCUGCGUCGGUGGGAUUGCGGUUCAACCCUGCAAAAUGUGCCACCCUGCACAUCGGUGCAGGCAAUGGCGGCAGGGUCCUGCCGACGCGAUUUCGCAUACAGGGCGGUGAGAUAAACCCCCUGGCUGAAGUGGCUCACGUUUUUCGUAUGCUUACGAUGCGCGAUGACGCUGUGAGGGAAUUAGCAUGGGAAUCGCUGAGGGGAGUGGUGGGGCGCAGGGUCGGCCACGCCCCUACUUGCGACGAUGUCGCCUCCUUCCUCUCCAGCUCGCUGGAGGGAAGGAUGAGGGGCGGAGGGGAGGCUUCGCUCUGGUCGAGCGCGCGGAACGCUGCACUCAGACAAUCGGAGAGGUUGUCCCUGCGGUGGCGGUGGGUUCGAGAAACGGAGGAACUUCUGUUGGAAUGUCUUGGGCCGCGGGGGGCAGCGAUUAAGAUUCCGCCUGACGCGCGCGGUCAGGUAGUGAAUCGGUUGCGCUCAGCUGUAGCAGAGCACUACGCGCAGCGGUUGCGCAGUAAGCCCAAUCAAGGCAAGGUCUUCGAGGUGUCGUCGCGCAGUCGAGUGAGCAAUCACUUUAUGCGCAGCGGCAGCUUCACCCGCUUCGCCGACUGGCGCUUUAUUCACAAAGCUAGGCUUGACGUUCUUCCCCUCAACGGCGCGCGGCGUUGGGGGAAUGAAGACAAGCGCUGUUGGCGGUGCGGGGAGGUAUCGGAGACUUUGCCUCAUGUGCUCUGUCACUGCGGCGUUCACUCCGCCGAUAUACAGCUGAGGCACGACGCUGUCCUGCACCGCCUCUGGAAAGCGAGUAGGCUCCCAGGGGUACGGGUUAACCAGCGGGUUGAUGGCGUCGACGGGGUACUUGCAGGGCUCAGGCCUGACCUCGUUGUCAGGCACGAGCCCUCCAAGAGUGUCGUCAUAUGCGACGUCAUGGUGCCUUUUGAAAAUCGUUGGCAGUCCUUCGAUGACGCUAGGGCGAGGAAAAUUGCCAAGUAUUCGCCCUUGGCAGAGGAGCUCCAACGGCAGGGCUACCGCGUCGUCGUGACGGCCUUCGUAGUCGGCGCCCUUGGCUCGUGGGAUCCGCGCAACGAGGCAGUCUUGAAGCUGCUGCGGGUUGGCUCCCCGUAUGCGGCGAUGAUGAGGCGCCUCGUUGUCUCGGAUACCAUUCGCUGGUCACGGGACAUAUAUGUCGAGCACGUGUCCGGCAUCCGCCAGUAUCUGGCUCCUCCCCGUGCCUCUGGGGAUCGUCUCGCGACGCCUCCAAGGGCAGUCCGUCGGCGCUGGAAUGCCGAGGAACGUAGAGCACAGGAUGCGACGCGUAACGCUUCGAAAAGUGUGAAUGUCGGCGAGAAGCUCGCAAUCGACGAGCUGGCGUUUGUCGAAGAUGUCGCUCUCGCUUAUAGCGUUCGCGACGUUGGCGAAGCGCGUGUACUUGACAUCGACGGUAUCGACGAGUCGGGACAAUCGCUCGAAGGUAACGUCGAUGCAGCCGUCGAGAUCGAACAUACGGCGUAG